AUGCAUGAAGAAGUGGAUGAUUAUGGGGGUGAAGAUGAACAUGAUGUGGUUGAUUUGAUUGAGGCCAUUGAAGAAGUUAGUGGGGAAGAUAUUAAUGGGGACCCAAUCGUAUACGUUUUACAGAAAGUUCUCUACUCAGACAAAAGGCAUGCUAUUGUGGAGGAAUUGGCAGGUCUAGGGGCAAAAGUGCAUACAUGUUCUCGGAAUGAAGAUCAACUUAAUCAAUGCUUACAUGAAUGGGAGAUGAAGAAAUUUCAAGUGUUUGGAUCCGUCUGUGAUUUAGUUUCUCCAGCAGACAGAGAGGAGUUGAUAAACAAAGUUUCAUCUCUGUUCAAUGGAAAACUUCACAUCAUUGUAUGUUUUUUCUCUUUAUCUUUAUUUACAGCAUACUUAGUGGUUAGUAUUCUUGUUACAUAUAAAUUAUGGAAAAACUGUCCUUCUAAGAGGUAUUCAUCAUACAACAUGUGCCAACUUGCACAUCCUCUUCUGAAAGCUUCAGGAGCAGGCUCCAUUGUCUUUGUCUCCUCUAUUUUUGGUGUGGUAUCAAUAAACACCGGAUCCAUAUAUUCUGCAACAAAAGGCAAUUUCUCUGUUUGUUCAUUAAUUAUGUUGCAAAAAUAGUUUUAAAGCAUGUGAUUGAUUUUGUUGUCUCUUUUCAGCGGCGAUAAACCAAUUGACAAAAAAUUUGGCAUGCAAGUUGGCAAAGGACAAUAUAAGAUGUAAUUGUGUUGCAUCUUGGUUUAUCAGGACCCUACUGGCU